AUGGCAGCUGUUAUAAAAAAAUCUAGUAAAUCAAUAACAUCAUCUUCAGUUUCUACUAAAACUGUUACAUCUUCUGCUACUGGUAAAUCUGUUACUUCUACUACUGGUAGUAGAUUAUCUGUAACUGCUAUAGAUUUUCAGCUUGAUGUGCGAAGAAAAUCCGGUGAUUCAAGAAGACCAUCGAUCCAGGACUUGGAGGACUUAAUCAACAAGCCUUCAACACCUCUUAAGCCUUCUGGAAAUGACGGCCCACCAAUUGUCGAGGCCCAAGAAAACUACAGUGCGGUUGAAGAUCAAACUGGAUACAUCCAGGUUUCGGUGGAGGGUAACCCACCACCAACAUUCAAAUUCUACAAAGGUGUCACUGAGAUUAUCGAAGGGGGUCGCUUCAAAUUCGUCACAGAUGGCGAAGCGGGUCUCGUUACGUUAUGUAUGAGAAAGGUUAAACCUAAUGAUGAAGGUACAUACAAGGUGGUUGUUAGCAACAUCAAUGGCGAAGACUCGGCUGAAACACAGCUUUAUGUCUCAGACGCCAGUGGUAUGGACUUCCGUGCUAUGUUAAAGAAACGGAAAUACAAAAAAUGGGACGAAAACAAAGGUGAUCCAAAUUGGGGUGAUUUGAAGGAGGUUGAAAAACCUCUACCCGCUCUAAAGAAGGUUGAAAAGAAACAAGAGUCCUUCUUGAAGCCACUUGUAGACCAAAAUGCUAAGGAGGGCAAGGACAAAAAGGUUACCUUCGAGGCGAUUUUCUCGAAGCCAAAUUCUAAACCGAAGUGGUUCUUCCGUAAGGAUGAACUUUUCCCUGGCUCGAAGUAUAAGAUGACAAAUGAACAGGAUUCGUACAAGCUGAUUAUUUUCAACCCGAAAGUGGAAGAUACUGGAAAAAUAACAAUUGAAAUCGGUGGUGUAUCUUGCACUGCUUUCCUGCAAGUAGAAGAACCAGAUCCCACAUAUAGCUUCACGAAGCAUUUGAAGAAAACUUUGACAGGAUACACGAAGCAUGAGGUGGUCUUGGAGUGUACUAUUUCAAGCAGUCUCGCUAUUGUAUCUUGGUGGAAAGGAGAAGAAAAGAUCGAAGAUAGCGAUGAUAUUACCAUAUCAAAGGAUUUGUCUGGUGUUUGUAAGUUGAUCAUAAAGAAAGCUAAAUUGGAAGAUGCAGCCAAGUACUCUUGUCGAAUUGAGAAGCAGAAUGAUAAGACUGAGUGUGACUUGAAGAUUGUGGAAUACCAAUACAAAUUCACCAAGGUGCUGAAGUCUCAACAAGCUAUUGAAAAAGACACAAUAACAUUACUCUGCGAGCUGGACGAUGCUGCUGGUGAUGUUAAAUGGUUCAAGAACGACCAGCCCCUGAAGGUAGACAAACGUAUAUCCAUAGUAAAGGAAGGUCGCAAGCGUAAGGUCGUAAUCAAAGAUGCUAAAGUAACGGAUGCAGGCCACUUCAAGUGUGUCAGCAACGCUGAUGAGACUACUUGCGAAUUGAUAAUCAAUUACUCUAAUCGCUUCAACAAGAAGUUGAAGGAUACAGAAGCAAUUGAAAGAGAAAAGGUGGUUCUGGAAGUGGAACUCCAGGAUCAGACUGCGGAAGCUGUUUGGUCUUUCAAUGGAGAGCCCAUUGUUCCCAAUGAGAGGAUUGAAAUCAAAAACCUGGGUGGCGGUAAGCACCAGCUGAUCUUUAACAAGCUGGAGAUGGAAGAUGAUGGCGAGAUCCUAUGUGAAUCUGGCAAACUUCAAUCAUCAUGUAAGCUGACAGUGAAGAAGGGAGAGUCCAAGCCAAUGAUUGAGUGUCCCGAUGAAUUCCACGGUACUGCUGGACAUCCGUUCGUUAUCGAGGUGCCUUAUAAAAUAUCCGGCAACAGACAAACACAAAUUGAAGCGAAACUUAUCAAGGACGGUAAAAUCCUACCUAACAAAGAAGUCGAAGCCGUGGUUGAACAAGAGAAGGUUCUAUUCAAGAUCAAAAAGCCAGUCAGAGAGGCAUCUGGAAAGUACCAGAUCAAACUAUCGAAUGCUCAAGGUGAAGACUCGAAGGACGUCAACAUUUGCAUGCAGAGUGAACCAACAGCGCCACAGAAUGUGGAAGUCAGCGAGAUCUUCCAGACGUCAUGUGUGGUCACGUGGAAGACGCCUCAAGAUGACGGUGGUUCACCGAUCAUCAAAUAUAUAAUUGAACGACAGGAUCUGUCUCUAAAAGCAGCGUGGGACAACGUUGGUGAAGUUGCCCAAGGAGAACCAACCAAAUACAAAGUGGAAGACCUCAUUCCCAAAAAGACUUACAAGUUUAGGAUACGUGCGGUUAACAAGAUUGGUUCUAGUGAACCGGGACUCUUUGCCAAGCCAGUUUUGGCUAAGGAUCCUUGGGAUGAACCAUCCAAACCCAAAGGCGUGGAACUCACAGACUGGGACAAAGACCAUGCAGACCUCAAGUGGGAGAAACCAGACAAUGAUGGGGGCGCUACCAUCACUGGAUACCAAGUGGAAUAUAAGGAGAAAUUCGGCAAAGACUGGGUGAAGGGUGUGGAAGUAUCUGGUGAUACACUGAAAGCAACUCAGGAUGGACUAAAAGAGGGAUGUACCUAUGAGUUCAGGGUUCGCGCCAUCAACAAAGCCGGUCCUGGUGAACCUAGUGACAGCACUAAGCCUAUUAUCGCUAAGUGCAGAUUUGUAAAACCAUACAUUGUUGGCGAGGGUCUUCAGAGUAUGAUCAUCAAGAAGGGACAGGUUAUCUCGUUUGACAUCAAGUAUGGUGGUGAACCAGAACCUGAAGUGAAAUGGAUGAAGGGUGAAGAGGAAAUUAACGACGAUGGCGAACGUAUCACCAUUGAUAAAUACGAGAGGAACACGGUUCUCACCGUAAGGAAGACCACGCGACCGGAUAGUGGAAAAUAUAAGCUGGUGUUAACCAACUCAUCUGGUACCUGCGAAAGUAUUGGUGACGUCGUGGUACUUGAUAAACCCAACAAGCCUAACGGUCCGAUCGAAGUUACGGAAAUCCGCGCGGAGAAGGCGACAGUCAAAUGGCAGAAACCAGACGACUGGAAGGGAUCCGAUAUCACAGGCUACACGCUGGAGAAACUCGAUAUGGAUACCGGAAACUGGAUCCCGUGCGGCGAGACUGGUCCAGAACCGACUCAGUUUACCGUCACAGGUCUUACCCCCAACCACAAAUACAAGUUCAGAGUUCGAGCCGUCAACAAGGAGGGAGAGUCUGAACCUUUGGAGACUGAUGGAUUCAUCGUUGCGAAGAAUCCAUAUGAUCCUCCAAAGGCUCCAGGAAAGCCAACUAUUAUUGAUUAUGAUAAUAUGUCUGUGACCCUACAAUGGGAGCCACCAACUGACAAUGGUGGUCGCGCGGUGAUGGGUUAUGUGAUUGAGAUGAAGGACAAGUUCUCACCAGAUUGGAUAGAGGUUGUUAAAACAACAGACACCAAGACAGAGGCAAAGGUGGAAGGUCUUAAAGAGAAGAUGAUCUACCAGUUCCGAGUGAAAGCAUACAAUAAGGCUGGUGUUGGUGAAGCUUCUGAGCCCACCGCAAACCACCUCUGCAAGCAUAGGAACUUGAAACCACGCAUUGAGCGCAGCACCUUCAAGUCUGUGAUAAUCAAGGCUGGACGUACACACAAGUGGUCAGUGGAUGUUACUGGUGAACCUCCACCAGAAAAGACCUGGUCUUGGCGUGAAAACAUCAAACUAGUUAACACAGAACGUAUUAAGAUUGAGAAUCAAGAUUACCAUACAGAUUUCACAAUCGUGAAUGCUGUGAGACGUGACACUGGCCAAUAUACCUUGAGAAUUGAGAACUGCAAUGGUUUUGAUCAAGAGACAGUUGAACUUACAGUAUUGGGCAAGCCCAGCUCGCCUAAAGGCCCUCUCGAAGUAUCAGACAUCCACGCGGAAGGCUGCAAGGUUAGGUGGGAGAAACCAGAAGACGACGGUGGUUCUCCCGUCAAAGAGUAUGAGUUGGAGAAAAUGGAUCUUGCAACAGGAAAAUGGGUGCGCGUGGGCAGGGUUGCUGGUGACAAGAAGCCAUUGGAAAUGGAGGUGACAGGUCUAGAACCAGGUCACCAGUACAAGUUUAGAGUAACAGCUGUCAAUGAUGAGGGAGACUCGGAGCCUUUGGAGACUGAAAAGGCCAUACUCGCUAAGAAUCCGUUUGAUGUGGCCGAGAAGCCAGGCAACGUGGAGGUGGCUGAUCACGAUAACCAGAGUGCGGAGAUCAAAUGGGAGCCUCCCAAGAAUGACGGAGGCGCGCCCAUUCAGAAGUAUAUCAUACAAAAGAGGCCCAAGGGCGGAGACUGGGAGAACGCUGCUGAGGUUCCUGGUAGCGCAACAAGUGGCAAAGUCGAUGGCUUACCUGAAGGAAGCGAGUACGAGUUCCGCGUGAUCGCAGUUAACAAGGCAGGACCAUCGGAGGCCUCUGAACCCACCAAGAUGACGACCAUAAGACAUAAAGCAUUGAAACCACGCAUCGACCGAACCAACUUGAAGGCAGUUGCGGUGCGCGCAGGCAAACCGAUAUUCUUCGACGUCAACGUCAGAGGAGAACCCGCACCCAAGGUGCAGUGGUUCCAGAAGUGGAAGGACGUCGAGAAAGAGGUGACAGAAAACGUUAUCAACGUGGACUACAACACGAAACUGGACAUCAAGGAUUCGGUCCGUGCUAUGACCGGAACAUACCGCAUUCUAGCGACAAACGAACACGGAAAGGAUGAGGCUGAAGUGGAAAUCACUGUCCUCUCUUCACCGAGCAAACCUGGCGGUCCACUCAAGGUCACGGAUGUUACGAAGAAUGGCUGCAAGUUGGCCUGGAAGAAGCCGGAAGAUGAUGGCGGUAAACCCGUCACAGGUUACGUAGUAGAGAAAUUGAACAAAGCGACUGGCCGUUGGGUUCCAGUUGGAAAGACCGAUGAUACAGAGAUGGAAAUUAAGGGAUUACAGGAAGGAGAAGAAUAUGAGUUCAGGGUUAAGGCUGUCAAUGACGAAGGAGAGUCGGAACCGCUUAAGACUGACCACUCUAUCGUUGCUAAGAAUCCUUAUGAUAUCCCUGGUAAGCCAUCUGUACCAACUAUCGAAGACUGGGACGUGGAUCGCGUUGACCUGAAAUGGGAAGCUCCCAAAAACAAUGGAGGCGCUCCCAUCACUGGCUACGUUAUUGAGAAGAAGGACAAGUUUGGAACAUGGCAGGAAGCUCUGGUCACAACUACGCCAGAGUGCAAAGCUCGUGUACCCGAACUAAAAGAAGGCAACACAUACCAAUUCCGAGUAAGAGCGGUGAACAAGGCGGGUCCGGGUGAACCGGGCGAACCCACGCAACCGCAUCUCGCUAAGGCUAGGUUCUUGAAACCGCUCAUCAACCGCGACAAGAUGGUGGCGAUUCGUGUUCGCGCUGGUACCACUAUCAAGUUGGAUGUUGACAUCAAGGGUGAACCUCCACCGACCAAGACUUGGAAGUUUGCCAACAAGGUCAUCGAGACCGGUCCAGGUGUAAAACUGGAGAAUGAGGACUACAACACCAAACUGCAGAUAUCCGAGUCCUCGUGGAAGAACACUGGCAUAUACACCCUGAAAGCGGAGAACGAUUCUGGAGUGGACGAGGCGACUGUUGAGAUUACUGUACUUGACAAGCCAGGUAAACCCGAAGGCCCGCUGGAAGUGUCCGACGUGCACGCGGAACACGCGAAGCUGUCUUGGAAGAAACCCAAGCACACGGGAGGAUUGCCUCUCAGCGCCUUCAUCGUUGAGAAGAUGGACACGCUCACUGGCAAAUGGUCACCCGCUGGUACCAUUGACCCGGACGUUACUGAGGCUACAGUUACAGGCCUCGAACCGGGACACACCUACCAAUUCCGCGUGAAGGCCCUCAACGAGGAAGGAGAGUCCGAGCCAUUAGAGACGGACCACGGCAUUCUCGCGAAGAACCCGUACGAUGUCCCAUGUCCCCCUGGACUUCCGGAUAUCGUGGAUUGGGACGAAAAAUCUGUGAAAUUGAAGUGGGAGCCCCCGAUACGGGACAAUGGAGCACCAAUUACUGGAUAUAUCAUUGAAGCAAUGGACAAAGACCGUGGAGAGUUUGUCAAGAAGUCCAAGGCAACAUCUGCCAAGGAACAGUACCAAAACUGGAAGAAGGGCAACCAGUACCAGUUCCGUGUACGAGCUGUCAAUAAGGCUGGAAAAUCCGAGCCUUCGGAGAACACCAACUGGCAUACUGCUAAGCCAAGAUUCUUGAAGCCACGCAUCGACCGCACAAACCUGAACCCGAUCACGGUGAAGGCUGGUCUUCCUGUCUCCUUGGACGUGAAGGUGUUCGGCGAGCCUCCGGCCACCGUCACUUGGCACUUCAACGGCCAGGAACUCGCCAACCGGGAGAACCUGGAGAUCAUCAACGUGGAUUAUAACACCAAGUUCUUGAUGAUGAAGAGCAAACGCGCCAACAGCGGCAAAUACGUAAUUAAGGCGAAGAAUGAAGUCGGCGAAGACGAGGCUGAAGUGGAGAUUAUUGUUGUUGGCAAGCCAUCCAAACCCAAGGGCCCCUUGGACGUGGCAGACGUGACAAAGAACGGAUGUACACUGACCUGGCAGAAGCCGGAAGACGAUGGUGGAUCACCCAUCGAAUACUAUGAGAUUGAAAAACUCGAUCCACUCACUGGUCAAUGGCUCCCAUGCGGCACAGCAAAGGACUGCAAAGCAAACGUAACAGGCUUACAAGAAGGCAAGCCUUACAAGUUCAGAGUAAAGGCUGUUAACAAGGAAGGAGAGUCAGAAGAAUUAGAGACUGAGAAGACCAUCAUAGCUAAGAAUCCAUUUGAUGAACCCGGCAAGCCUGGUAGACCCGAGCCACGCAACUGGGACAAGGACUUCGUUGACUUGGAAUGGUCGGCGCCGAAGGAUGACGGUGGGGCUCCCAUCACUGGAUAUAUCAUACAGAAGAAGGAGAAGGGCAGCAGAACAUGGCAAGACUGUCUCCGUACAACUGGCGAUCGUCCAACGGGCCGUGUGACUGACGUGGAAGAAGGACACGAAUACCAAUUCCGGAUUAUCGCUCAGAACAAGGCUGGCCCCGGAGAACCUUCCGAACCCAGCAAGUCCGUUAUUGCUAAGCCGAGAUUCUUGGCUCCACGCAUCGACCGCAAGAACCUUCAGAAACGCAAGGUCAAGGUGGGUCAGACUCUGAAGUUUGAGGCUGACGUGAAAGGCGAACCUGAACCCACGAUCACUUGGACGCUCAAUGAGAAACCCCUCAAAGUCGAGGAGCGUCUCAAGAUUGAGAAUCAAGAUUACCACACCUCGUUCACCCUGCAGAAGGUGACGAGAGCUGACGGUGGAAAGUAUGUGGUGACAGCCAAGAAUGACACGGGAGUGGACAGUGUGGAGAUUGAAGUUAUGGUCGUCAGCAAACCGGCUAAGCCUAAGGGACCUCUGAAGGUCUCUGACGUGAAGGCAGACGGAUGCAAGCUCCAAUGGGAGGCUCCCGAAGACGAUGGAGGCGAACCAAUCGAAAGCUACGUCGUGGAACGCAUGGACACGGAAACCGGACGCUGGGUGCCCGUUUGUACCACGAAGACGCCAGAAGCUGACGUCACAGGGUUGAACGAGGGCAAGGACUAUCUGUUCCGAGUGAAGGCGGUCAAUCCGGAGGGUGAGAGUGAGCCAUUGGUCACUGAGACCGCGACCACGGCUAAGAAUCCUUAUGGCGAGCCAGAUGCGCCAGGCAAACCAGAGUUCAAGGACUGGAGCGCGAACCACGUAGACCUGAAGUGGGAGAAGCCAGCAAGCGAUGGUGGGGCUCCCAUCACCGCUUACAUCGUAGAGAAGAAGGACCGGGAUACUGGCAAAUGGGUUAAAGCUGUCGAGGUGCCUGGCACCAAGACUGAAGCCCGAGUGCCGGAUCUGAUUGAGGGCAAGACUUAUCAGUUCCGAGUGAAGGCUGUGAACAAGGCUGGUCCUGGAAAGCCUUCCACCGCCACUGACAACUUACUGGCUAAGGACAGAUUUGCCCCACCACGUAUCGACCGCACAAACAUGCGUGAUCUGACGCUGAAGGCUGGGCAGAACAUCAGGCUGGACGUCAAGGUCACUGGCGAACCUGCUCCUACAAAGACUUGGUUCCACAACAAAGAGCGUCUAUCAACACGUGACGAUCUCACGGUGGACGUGGAAGACUACAGAACCAAGUUAUCGGUGAUCAUCGCGUCUCGCAAGCACAGCGGCACGUACGUGCUGAAGGCUGAGAACAGCAGCGGAAAGGACGAGGCCUCCAUACAAGUCAUCGUAUUGGAUGUGCCUGCUAAACCCGAAGGACCACUUAAGAUUUCGGACGUACACAAAGAAGGAUGUACGCUCAAAUGGAACGCCCCGUUGGACGACGGUGGAGCUCCGAUCGAUCACUAUUUAGUCGAGAAGCUCGAUACAGAAACCGGUAGAUGGCUACCAGCCCUCAAGACCAAGGAACCCAAGGCUGAAGUUGAGAACCUGGUUCCAGGACACGAAUACAAGUUCAGAGUUUCUGCUGUCAAUAAUGAAGGCGUUUCAGAACCAUUGGAAGCAGACCACUCCAUCAUUGCGAAGAAUCCGUUCGAUGAGCCCGGCAAGCCCGGAACACCGGAAGUGGUCGACUGGGACAAAGAUCAUGUUGAUCUCAAAUGGCAGAAGCCUCUUAAAGAUGGAGGAGCACCCAUCACUGGGUACAUUAUUGAGAAACGGGAAGUUGGAUCGCCCAAAUGGGUCAAGGCUUGUGAGGUCGGUCCAAACGACAACGAAAAAGCGACAGUGGGUAACUUGGACGAAGGCACCGAAUACGAGUUCAGGGUGCGAGCUAUUAACGAGGCUGGUCCAGGUGAACCUAGCGAUGCCAGCAAAUCUGUCACCUGCAAACCUAGGAGAUUGGCACCAAAGAUCGACCGCCGUAGCUUACGUGCCAUCAAAGUGCGUGAAGGCGAACCCAUCUCAUUGGAUGUUAAAGUUUCCGGUGAACCACCACCAGAUGUUGCUUGGUCUCUCAACGGAAAGAUGGUCACCAGCGGUAACGGACUUAAAUUGGUGAAUGUUCCGUACCUGAGCAAGUACCAGCAUUCAAGUCCGCGAAGAAAGGAUUCCGGCGUUUACAAGAUCCAGGCCGUCAACAAGUAUGGAUCAGACACGGCUGAAGUCGAAAUUACUGUUGUUGGCAAGCCGGAUAAACCCGAAGGACCAUUAGAAGUGUCAGACAUUCACAAAGAAGGAUGCACGCUGAAGUGGAAGAGACCUAAAGAUGACGGAGGCGAACCCAUCGAUGCCUAUCUGGUGGAGAAGUACGACACAGAAACCGGCACUUGGCUUCCAGUCGGGAAGACUAUUGGAAAUGUUCCCGAGAUGGAGGUUGACGGAUUAACACCUGGCCACGAGUACAAGUUCCGAGUGAAGGCGAUCAACAAGGAGGGCGAAUCUGAACCUCUCGAAACCUUCGGACCUAUUGUUGCUAAGGAUCCAUUUACUGUCCCUGAAGCACCAUCUGCGCCAGUGCCAGACGAUUGGUCGGCCAACCACGUGGACCUCAACCCGUUAUGGGAAAAGGCUGUUGAGACACAUACGCCUAACCCAGCUGCUACUAUUAAUGGCUUGAUCGAAGGUAACGAAUACCAGUUCCGAGUGAUCGCAAUAAACAAGGCUGGCCAGAGUAAGCCCUCGGAGUCCAGCAAAAACUUCGUGGCUAAACCGCGGUUCCUCGCUCCGAAGAUUGACAGGCGCUACCUUCGCGACGUGACCCUGUCUGCCGGAUCCACUCUAAAGUUGGAAGCUGCCAUCACUGGAGAACCAGCUCCGGCUGUGGAAUGGAGAUACCAGAACAUGCCACUGCGCUCAUCAAAGGCUGUGACAAUCGACUCACCAGAGUACUUCACGAAACUAAUAGUUCGGCCUGUGAGGAGGGACGAUACCGGGGAAUACACCGUGACGGCGGCCAAUUCCAGUGGAAAAGACACUGUCACCAUAAAUGUGCUGGUCACCGACAAGCCUAUGAAGCCGGAGGGACCUUUACAGAUAUCGGACGUUCACAAGGACGGCGCUACCCUGAAGUGGAAGAGACCGAAGGACGAUGGCGGAGCUCCGAUCGAAUAUUACCAGAUCGACAAACUGGACACCGAGACUGGCGUCUGGGUACCUUGUGCUAGAUCUGAUGAACCAAAAUGUGAUGUUACAAACCUGACACCAGGCAAAGAGUACAAGUUCAGAGUAGCGGCAGUCAACUCGGAAGGGGAAUCUGAACCCUUGGUGUCGGAGACUAGCAUUGUUGCCAAGAACCCGUAUGAUGAACCUGGUGCACCUGGAACGCCGUCAGUGACAGACUGGGACAAGGACCACGUGGACCUCAAAUGGACUCCGCCCACUGAAGAUGGUGGAGCUCCCAUUGAAGGAUACAUCGUGGAGAAGAAGGACAAGUUCGGAAACUGGGAGAAGGCGUUGGAAGUGCCUGCCGAUAAGACAAACUGCACUGUGCCUGACCUGGUCGAAGGACAGACUUAUGAGUUCCGAGUCCGUGCGGUCAACAAGGCUGGUCCAGGAGUGCCAAGUGACAGCACACACCCGAUUGUGGCCAAACCCAGGAAUCUGGCCCCUAAGAUUGACAGGACCAACCUCAUUGAUAUCAAGAUCAAGGUUGGACAGAAGUUUGCCUUUGACGUUAAGGUAUCUGGAGAACCAAUGCCUGAAACCAAAUGGUUCCUGGGCAAGCGGGAAGUCAAAUCGAGCGGUGAUGUUAAAGUACAGCAUUCGGACUAUAACACCAAAAUUACCUGCAAAGCGGCCAGAAGAGGCGACAGCGGGAAAUACACAAUUACUGCUGAAAACGUCAACGGCAAAGAUGUUGCUGAUGUGGAAGUUAUUGUGCUGGACGUGCCCAGCCCACCUGGAGGACCACUUAAGGUUUCCGACGUCCAUGCAAACGGUGCUAAGCUGUCAUGGAACCCACCAGGCGACGACGGUGGUCAACCCAUAGAGAAGUACGUCGUCGAGAGGAUGGAUGAAGCCACCGGAAGAUGGGUCAACGCCGGAGAAACCGAUGGACCCACCACUAACUUAGCAGUUGACGGAUUACAACCCGGACACAAGUACAAGUUCAGGGUCCGAGCUGUUAAUAGGCAAGGAAAAUCAGAGCCAUUGACGACACCGCACGCAACAGAGGCCAAGAAUCCCUUCGAUGUCGCAGGCAAACCUGGAACGCCCAGGAUCAAGGACUUCGACAAAGACUUUGUGGAACUGGACUGGACUAGACCAGACAGCGACGGCGGUGCUCCCAUUACUGGAUAUGUUAUCGAGAAGAAAGAUAGAUUUGCGCCAGACUGGGAAGAAUGUGCACAGAUCGAGGGUGACGUCACAUCUGGCAAAGUUCCCGAUCUGAUCGAAGGCAACACCUACGAGUUCAGGAUUCGCGCCGUGAACAAGGCCGGCAAAGGUGAACCCAGUGACGGAACGGCGCCACACCUUGCGAGGCCUAAAAACCUGGCCCCCAAGAUCGACAGAAACUUUAUGUUCGAUAUCAAAAUCAAAGUGGGACAAAACUUCGAGUUGGAUGUUCCAGUCAUCGGCGAACCGACGCCCACGAAAGAGUGGCUUCACGAAUCAAAUCUCGUUUACAAUGCGGACAGAGUUAAGAUCGUCAACGACGAUCAUUCCUCUAAAAUCAGGGUCGUGGACGCUAAACGCGCAGACACAGGAAUAUACACGCUCAAAGCCAAGAAUAUCAACGGAACCGAUUCAGCCACAGUCAAAAUCCUCGUCAUGGACGUCCCGACGGCUCCCGAAGGACCGUUGCGGGUGGAUGAUAUUACAAAGAACGGCUGCUCAUUGAGAUGGAGGCCGCCCAAAGACGACGGUGGCUGCGAGAUUACACACUACGUUAUCGAGAAGAUGGAUCAAGAAAACCUGCGCUGGAUUCCAGCCGGUGAAGUCCAAGGCUGUCACAUUCGUAUCGAUCACUUGAUUGAAGGACACGAUUACAACUUCCGCGUCCGCGCUGUCAACAAGCAAGGAGAAUCUCAGCCAUUGGUCGGCACCGAGCCGAUCACCGCUAAAGAUCCCUACGGUACGCCCGACAAGCCUGGAACUCCAGUCGUCAAAGACUGGGACAAAGAUCACAUGGAUAUCGAAUGGGUCCCGCCCAAAAAAGAUGGCGGAUCGCCCAUCACCGGCUACGUCAUCGAAGCGAGAAAGAAAUACGGGCCGUGGGAGGUCGCUGCAACCGUCCCCGGUAACAAAACUACGGCAACUGUUCCCGGAUUGCAAGAAGGCGAAGAGUAUGAGUUCAGAGUCAUCGCUGUCAACAAAGCUGGAAACGGCGAACCGAGCGACGCGUCUACCCCUCAAGUGGCUAAAGCGCGAUUCUGUGCGCCGACGUUCGACAAACACCUUCUCUGUGACAAAACUGUCAAAGCCGGACAGAGAAUUCAAUACGAAAUCCCGAUAGAGGCCUCUCCGAAACCUACGGUCGAAUGGCAGAUCAACGGUAAACCCGUUCAACCAUCUGACAGAAUUGAUAUUCAAGUCCUUCAUAACAGGGUCAUACUAGACAUUCCAUUCUCCGUCCGCACAGAUGGAGGCGUUUAUAAAUUGACUCUCAAGAAUGAUCUCGGAGUCUGCUCAGCCUCUGCCCAAGUCGUUGUACUAGAUAAACCGUCGAGGCCCGAAAAACCUUUAGUCGUAGCGGAUAUUACCAAAGAUUCCUGCUCGUUGUCAUGGAAAGUGCCUCUCGACGACGGCGGCUCACCCAUCUUGCAUUACGUCAUCGAGAAGAUGGACCUGUCUCGCGGCACCUGGUCAGACGCCGGCAUGAGCACGUUCUUAUCACACCAAGUGACUAGACUAAUUCACAAGAAGGAAUAUUUGUUCCGAGUUAGCGCAGUGAACGCAAUCGGACAAUCUGAGCCCCUAGAAUUAGAUCGUGCCAUUGUUGCUAAGAACGAAUUCGAUGAACCGACUGCUCCGGGUAAACCUCAAGCUACGGACUGGAGUAAGAACCACGUCGACUUGGAAUGGACUCCGCCGAAAUCUGAUGGUGGCUCACCGAUCACCGGAUACAUCAUUCAGAAGAAAGAAAAGGGCAGUCCCUACUGGGUUAACGCAGCUCACGUCCCGGCCAACAAGAACAAAGCUACGGUUCCUGAUUUAGUGGAAGGACAAGAUUACGAGUUCCGGGUCAUCGCGGUCAACCAAGCGGGACAGUCUGAACCUAGCGAACCGUCAGAUAUUAUUACUGCUAAAGACAGAUUUGUCGCACCGAAGAUUCUUACCCCGCUCAAAGAGAUCAGCAUCAAAGCUGGUCUUAUCUUCCACUUGGAUGUCGACUUUAUUGGUGAACCGAUUCCUGAAGUCAAAUGGACCUGUGACGGCAAACCAGUCGUUACUAACGAAAGAACUACGGUUACGUCUGUCGGUCAUCACACAAUUAUACACACAGUGAACUGUAAACGAUCUGAUGCUGGAAAAUACCACCUGUCACUCAAGAAUGACUCCGGCUCUGAUGAAGGCAGCUUUGAGCUAAUAGUUCUCGAUGUACCUGGACCUCCGCAACCACAAUUUGAAUAUGAAGAAAUCACUGCCCAAUCUGUCACAUUGUCUUGGAACGCACCUAAAGAUAACGGUGGCAGUGAAUUGACAGCUUACGUUAUUGAAAAGAGAGAUUUGACACACGGCGGUGGCUGGGUGCCGGCUGUCACGUACAUAAACCCGCGUAACACCCACGCUACAGUACCCAGACUGGCAGAAGGCACAAAGUAUGAAUUCAGAGUCUUUGCUGAGAAUUUACAAGGACGUUCAGAGCCCUUGGUAACAGAUAGGGCUGUCGUGGCCAAGAACCAAUACACGGUUCCCGGCAAGCCUGGAAAACCAGAGCUUUUGUCGGCUGACAAAGAUCACAUUAAGAUCAAAUGGUCGUCGCCAAUUUCAAAUGGAGGAUCUAACAUACUGGGCUACGACGUUGAAAGACGAGACAAGGCGACGGGCCGCUGGAUUAAAGUAAACCGAGAACCCGUGCGAUUCAAUGAAUAUAAGGACGACAGGGUACAAGAAGGCCACCAGUAUGAAUACAGAGUGUCUGCCGUUAAUGCCGCUGGCGCUGGUCAACCUUCAGAUGAGUCUAACGUAUUCAUCGCUAAACCAAUGAAGGAGAAACCCAAACUAAGCUUAGACCACCUGAUUGGACGUAAGAUUAAGGUGCGAGCGGGAGAACCGAUUAAUAUUAACAUUCCAAUUGCCGGUGCACCAACACCGACCAUCUCUUGGACUAAGGGAUCCAUUCCGCUUGUACCUUCACAUAGACUGUCUUCUGAGACAAAAGCUGAUCUUACUAGACUUUGUAUUGAAAAAUCUACACGGGAUGAUGCUGGAAAAUACACAAUUACGGCCUCAAAUGAACACGGCAAGGAUUCGGCUGAUAUUGAAGUAAUUGUUGUCGACAAACCUGGACCUCCCAAAGGACCGCUUUCUUGUACACCGGUCACUCAUGACACUAUCAGUUUGACGUGGAACCCGCCAUCAGACGAUGGUGGCAGUGAAAUCACUGGCUACAUCGUGGAAGUCGCUGAAUUUGGCGUCAAUGAUUGGCGCACAGUAGCCGGUUUCUGUCCCAAAUGCUCGUUCAACGUUAAGAAUCUGACAGAGGGCAAGAAAUAUGUAUUCAGAAUACGCGCUGAGAACUUAUAUGGUAUCUCAGAGCCGCUAGAAAGCAAACCCAUCAUUGCUAAAUCGCCAUACGACCCUCCAGAUGCGCCUGACACACCUCGAAUCACAGGCUACAGUGCAAACAGCUGUUCUCUCGAAUGGGAGCCGCCAAAGAACACUGGUGGAAAGCCUAUCACCGGAUACUAUGUUGAAAAGAGAGAGCGAGGAGGCGAAUGGGUGAAGGUCAAUAACUACCCAACUCCCAACACUUGCUACACCGUCCAAGACUUACGUGAAGGCAACCGCUAUGAAUUCCGCGUAAUCGCUGUUAACGAAGCCGGACCCGGUAAACCCAGCAAACCCACCGACUCCAUUGUGGCUGAAACACAGAGACUCAAACCUAGCACUCCUGAACCUCCUAAACCUGACAGAGUUACUAAAGACUCUGUUACGUUAUCGUGGAGGCCGCCAAAGAGCGACGGUGGAUCCAAAAUCAAGGGAUACAUCAUUCAACAAAAAGCCAAGGGCGACAAAGACUGGAAGGACGUCAACGAUACGCCUAUCCCGAGCCUGGUGCAUACUGUACCUAAUCUUAAGGAAGGAGAAGAAUACCAGUUCAGACUCAUCGCUGUCAAUGAAGUUGGCAAAUCUGAACCCAGCAAACCGACAUCGGAUAUCGUCAUCGCUGAACAGCCUAACAAACCGUGUAUGGAUCUUGGAGGUGUCCGAGACAUUACUGUACGAGCUGGAGAAGACUUCUCCAUCCACGUGCCGUACACUGGCUAUCCUCAGCCGACGGCGUCUUGGUUCGCUGAGGACAACCUCCUUGACGUUGAUGGAGAUUCAAGAAUAUUCCAGAAAAUUACCCCAGAAUCGGCCUCUCUCGUCGUCAAAAAUGCUAAGAGAUCAGACGGUGGACAAUAUCGCUUACAACUGCGAAACCCAUCAGGAUACGACACUGCUACAAUCAACGUUCGCGUCCUCGACAGACCUGGAAAACCAGAAAACCUGCGCGCGGAUGAGUUUGAGGGUGAAGCUCUCACUUUAUACUGGAACCCACCGAAAGACAACGGCGGUGGAGAAAUCACAAACUAUGUCGUCGAGAAACGCGAAGCUCGCACUCCAACUUGGACCAAGGUGUCCGGGUAUGUCACAACACCGUUCUUACGGGUGAAGAACCUUUCGGUUGGCAGGAGUUACGAGUUCCGUGUAAUGGCUGAGAACCAAUAUGGACAAUCUGAACCGGCUCAAACCCUCGAGCCGAUCAGAGCUAGACAUCCCUUCGAUCCACCGGGAGCGCCCGGAGCUCCCAGCGCUGUGGAAACCACGGAAUCCUCAAUCACACUCACAUGGAACAAACCACGUCACGAUGGAGGGUCACCGAUCACCGGUUACAUUCUUGAAAAGAGAUUGAUAACCGAGGACAAGUGGACGAAGGCGUCCCACGCACACAUUCCAGACACGACUUACAAAGUCACAGGGUUAAUAGAGAAUCAUGAAUACGAAUUUAGAGUGGCAGCAGUGAAUGCGGCCGGCCAAGGGCCGUACUCCGCCAGUUCAGAUGCGAUACGCGCGUGUGCGCCGCCCAACGCACCUAAAAUCACAAGCGACCUCAGUCUACGCGACAUCACAGUUAUCGCAGGGGAAGAAAUCAAGAUCACCGUGCCGUUCACCGGCAAUCCUAGACCGAAGGUAUCAUGGAUCGUGAACAACGACGAAGUCUUCCCAGACCACCGUAUUCGCUUCGUCACAUCCGACGUCAACACUGUCUUCUACAAUACCAGCGCUAAGAGAUCAGACACCGGCUCAUACACUGUCAAACUUGUUAAUACUGAGGGAUCAGACAGUGGAACCUGCAGGGUUCUGGUUGUAGACAAACCAUCCCCACCAGUGGGUCCAAUGGAAGCGUCGGACAUCACACCGGACACUUGUACCGUGUCCUGGAAAGUGCCGCUAGAUGAUGGCGGAUCGCCCAUUACCAACUAUAUCGUGGAGAAAAUGGAUAAUACUGGCGUGUGGUCAAAGAUCUCAUCCUUUGUCCGAGGCUGCCAUUACAACGUGAUGGGCCUGGAGCCAGAACGCAAGUACCUGUUCAGAGUGCGCGCUGAGAACCAGUACGGUGUUUCGGAGCCGCUUACUAUGGAUGACCAUGUCGUUGCUAAGUUCCCAUUCACGGUACCAGACGCACCAGGCGUCCCACGUGUCACCGAUUGGGACGGUUCGACGGCUACCGUCAUCUGGGACCGUCCCAGAUCGGACGGAGGGGCCCGUAUUCAAGGAUACAAGAUCGAAUACAGAGACGUACAGGAUAAGAUUUGGACAAGCGCCGACUAUCUUGUUAAGGACUGUAAUUAUCAGGCAUACAACCUGGAACCCGGCCACGAGUACGAGUUCCGCGUGCGCGCGAAGAACGCGGCUGGCUUCAGCAAAUACUCCAGUACGUCGCAAGUGUUCAAAGUACGCGGACGUGCCGGACCACCUUCGGCCCCGAGGGACCCUCGAGUCUUGCGAGUCGGAAGGAACUACGUUGACGUGGCUUGGGAUGCACCUGCUAGUGAUGGAGGUGCACGUAUCAGCGGCUACAUCAUCGAAAGACGCGAGUUGUCAAGCUCUAUUUGGGUCAAAUGCAAUGACUACACAGUGCUGGACACCAGCUUCACUGCGCUCAAUCUCAGCGAGAAGGCAGACUUCGAAUUUAGGAUUAUUGCUGUCAAUUCUGCUGGCAAAUCGGAGCCAUCGUCUUGCACGACGCCCGUAAGGACUGGUGAAGAAGUGGGUGGAGCCAAGCCGGAAUGGCUGAAGAAGUUGGCGCCUCAUCUCAACGUGCCCAUGGGCAGGCCAUUCACUUUGGAGUGUGUCGCCUCCGGCAGCCCCUUGCCCACAGGCAGGUGGAUGAAGGGUGGACGGGAAGUUGUACUUGGUACCAGAUUUAUAGCGGAAUCCCGCGAAGGCACCCUCCGCCUGAACAUCCUGGAGGUGACGGAAGCAGACGAAGGCGACUACACCUGCGAAGCCUUCAACUCCAUUGGACAUAUUUACUGUACUGCUCAUCUCAAGAUUGGAAGCCCACCAAGGAUUACCCGAAUGCCGGGAGACUUACACUUGCCGGAGCAUGACAACACUAAGAUCAAGAUUCUGUACACGGGUGACCAGCCCGCUGACGUCACGAUCUCUAAAGACGGCCGUGCACUUAGCGAGUCUGUUCACUUCAAGUUCACAGUGUUCGAUGAUUACAUCCUUAUUUUCAUCAAGGACAUCACUAAGGAUGAUAUGGGAUUAUACAAAGUGACAAUCAAGAACAGCUCGGGAGAGAUAUCGGACACCUUCUCGGUGACAGUCACGGGAUUGCCCGGACCUCCCCAAGGACCGCUCGAAGCGACAGAUAUCACCAGGCACACGUGCACUCUCGCCUGGAAACCACCCACCUACGACGGUGGAUUGCCUGUCACCCACUACGUGGUCGAGAGGAUAGAUAUCUCUGGAACGACCUGGAUUACCAUCGCGUCGUGCGUUAGAGAUACCAGGUUCACAGUCCAUGGUUUAACUGAAGGACAAGAAUACAACUUCAGGAUUCACGCUGCUAAUGAAAACGGAAUCGGACCCGCCCUCGAAGGUGUUAAUCCUGUUAAGGCUAAAGCGCCAUUCGACCCGCCAUCGGCUCCUGGAGUUCCCAAGAUCGUGGAAGUCGGAGGCCAUUUUGUUCACCUUGAAUGGGACAAACCUGAAAGUGAUGGAGGUGCUCGGAUACAAGGCUAUUGGGUAGACAAACGCGAAGUGGGCUCUCAGAGUUGGCAGAGGGUGAACCCUGGUCUCUGCGUGGCCACGCAACUGAACUGCGCCAACCUCAUCGAGGGACGCCAGUACGAGUUCAGAGUGGUCGCUCAAAACGAAGCAGGUUUAUCACCACCGAGCACUAACAGCCAACAAGUGCGCGCACAGGAUCCUGCAGCGGCAACUCCGCCAGAGAUAGUGAAACCAUUGAAGAACGCGAACUGCAUCCAGUACCACAACGCCAAGUUCCAGUGCACCAUCACUGGAGUACCUCGGCCUACCAUCUCUUGGUACAAGGGUGCUCGUGAAAUAAUGAACGGCCCACGCUACCGCAUUUGGAGUGAGGGAGACAACCACUUCCUGACCGUACUAGAGGUGUACGGUGAGGAUGCGGACGAAUAUCAGUGCAGAGCUGUUAACAAGGCCGGUGCCAAGAGCACCAGGGCUGAACUUCUUAUUAUGACUGCACCAAAACUAAACGUCCCACCACGCUUCCGAGACACGGCCUACUUCGACAAGGGCGAAAAUGUCGUGAUCAAGAUUCCCUUCACCGGACACCCGGUUCCCAAGAUCACCUGGGUCAGAGAGGGAGAGACCAUCGAGUCUGGACUGCACUAUCACGUGGAGAGGAAAGAACGUCACGCGAUAUUAACAAUCCGUGACGCGAGCAAACUGGACUCUGGCCCUUACCGCAUCACGGCUGAGAACGAAUUGGGACAGGACUCUGCCAGCAUCCACAUCGAGAUUAGCGAUCGUCCGGACCCACCUCGCUUCCCAGCGGUAGACAACAUUGGCGUGGAUUCUCUAGCUUUGAGCUGGCGUGCUCCACUAUGGGAUGGCGGAUCAGAUAUCACUAACUACUUGGUUGAGAAACGAGAACACCCUAUGUCUAGCUGGAUUAGGGUUGGCAACACCAGGUUUACAACGAUGGCAAUAACGGGUCUUGCGUCAGGCAAACAAUACGAGUUCCGCGUAUACGCCGAGAACAUCUACGGACGUUCGGAGCCAAGCGAACCCACGUCCCUUGUGCAAACUAAGUCUAUUAUUAAGAAGGAGUUCAAAAAGAAGGAAUAUCCAGUGGACGAAAGCGGCAAACGUAUACGUACGAACGCAGACCACGGCCCAGUAAAGGACUACGACAGCUAUGUAUUUGAUAUCUACAGUAAAUACGUGCCGCAACCAGUCGAGAUUCAAACUUGCUCCGUGUACGACAAAUACGAUAUCUUAGAGGAGAUUGGCACAGGUGCGUUCGGCGUGGUCCAUAGAUGUCGCGAGAGAGCCACCGGCAACAUAUUUGCGGCUAAAUUCAUUCCCGUCACUGGCGCUAUGGAGAAGGAAUUGAUCAAGAAGGAAAUAGACAUUAUGAACCAGCUGCACCAUAGGAAAUUGAUCAACCUUCACGAUGCCUUCGAAGAUGAUGACGAGAUGGUGCUGAUAUUUGAAUUCUUGUCCGGCGGCGAGUUAUUCGAGCGAAUAACCGAACCUGGCUAUAACAUGAGCGAAGCUGAGGCAGCGCACUAUAUGAGACAAGUUUGUGAGGGAGUCAAACAUAUGCACGAACAAAACAUUAUUCAUCUGGAUCUCAAACCUGAGAACGUCAUGUGUCAGACCAGAACUGGUACUGAUGUUAAGAUCAUCGACUUUGGCCUGGCCACCAAAUUAGAUCCCAAUGAAGUGGUCAAGAUAUCGACUGGCACGGCUGAGUUCGCAGCCCCAGAGAUCGUGGAGCGAGAACCGGUCGGCUUCUACACUGACAUGUGGGCCGUUGGAGUUUUGGCCUACGUCUUAUUAUCUGGACUCUCGCCAUUCGCGGGUAACAACGACAUCGAGACCCUGAAGAACGUGAAGGCCUGCGACUGGGAGUUCGACGAGGAAGCUUUCCAGCACGUAUCUGAUGAUGCCAAGGACUUCAUCAGGCGGCUGCUGGUUAAGAACAAGGAAAAACGUCUGACAGCACACGAGUGCCUCGUGCACAAGUGGUUGGCGGGCGACGCGUCCGCUUCUAGGACCGCCACUAUCGCCGCCAGACGCUACGAGGCUAUGCGGGACAGGCUUCGAAGGAGAUACGAGAACUGGUCAUCAUUCGUCCUGCCGAUCGGAAGGAUCAGCGAAUACAGUUCUCUGCGUAAACUGCUUAUUGAGAAGUGGAAGAUCUAUGAUGGACAAUUCGACCGUCGCCAAGCGGCACCACGGUUCGUGAUAAAGCCCCAAUCGGCCUUCUGCUACGAGGGUCAGUCCGUGAAGCUGUACUGCCGCAUCAUCGCCUGCGCCGCCCCGACGGUCACCUGGAGCCACAACAACAGGGAGCUCCGCCAAUCCGUCAAGUACAUGAAGAGAUACGCGGCAGACGACUACUACUUCAUAAUAAACCGAGCCAAGUUGGAAGACCGCGGCGAGUACAUCAUCCGAGCGGAGAACCACUACGGCUUCAGGGAGGAAGUUGUCUUCUUAAACGUACAACCGGUACCUAAAGUGCAGAGACAGCACGUGCCCGAAGCCCCUCGUCGCCGCGAGCACACCCCGUACACCUUCUGGCAAGAAAGCAGCGAGACCGCUCCUUCCUUCACCUUCCAGUUGAGGCCCAGGGUCAUGCAGGCCAGGGACACUUGCAAGCUGCUCUGCUGCUUGAGUGGAAAACCACCUCCGACUGUCAAAUGGUACAAGGACAAACGCGAGCUAUCGAAGUACGACUACGCGAUGUCGAACUCCGACGGCGUGGUGACGAUGGAGAUCAUCGACUGCCGGCCCGAGGACAGCGGGAAGUACUCGUGCGUCGCCACCAACGUGCACGGCACGGACGAGACCUCUUGCGUCGUCAUUGUUGAGGGUGAAGUAGUGAGCGAGGAACAAGCGGCCUUAGCCCACAACUUGCUGCAUUCAGGCGAGAGACGAUACAUCGAGAAACAUCUUAAGCCUGCGCCUGCGCCGAUCAUUACUAAGACUAAGGUGACAAUUGACCCGCCAAGCAAAUCCACCACGAUGAGGCCGAAGUAUUCACCACAGAGCUCGGUAGAGGCCAGUAAGAAGAAAUACGGCUCCAAACUAGACUCGGACUCUGCGUCUCGGUCGAGAAGUGCCACAAAGGAAUUAAUAUUACCAGCGGCCGACGCGAGCAUGUGCGCGCCAUCGUUCGCGCGCGCUCUGCCGGACGCGUGGGCGGCGAGGGACGGCGCUCCCUUGCUGCUCUCCUGCUCGGUGCGGGGAGACCCCGACCCUCGAGUGGAGUGGUUCAAGAAUGGGCAGCCGCUGCACUCCUCUGAGGUUGUUGACCUUAAAUACAAGAACGGCGUAGCGUCGUUGGCCAUCAAUGAAGUGUUCCCGGAAGAUGAGGGUGUUUAUUCUCUGAAGGCCAUCAACAGUCAGGGAGAAGUUGAGACCAAGUGCAGCGUCAGUGUUAAAGCAUCAGACGGAGGAGCCAGCGCGAAGUUGGGCGACAAGCCUCCGCGGAUAGUGGACCACGCCAUCUCGCAGAUCGUCAACGAUGGAGAUGCUGUCACAUUGUCAUGCAGAGUAACGGGUGCCGAACGAUUCGAUGUCGUCUGGCUGCACAACAACAAGGAGAUUAAGCCUUCGAAGGACUUCCAGUACUCCAGCGAAGCCUCCAUUCACAAACUUCACAUCGCUGAGAUAUUCCCAGAAGACGCUGGUGUAUACACAUGCGAGGCGUUCAAUGACGCGGGUGAAUCAUUCUCGUCGUGUACGUUAGUUGUUCGUGUUUCGGGCGAAGAGAUCACCACGCCCCAAUUCACGAGCUUCCCUAACUCCACGACUACGGUUAGCGCCGAGCCGGCUGCCUUCAUAGCUGAGUUGGAGAAGCCACCUCUCCAACUCCAAUGGCUGAAGGACGGCAAGCCCAUCGACGAAACAUCAACCCGCUACAGAUUCACAAUGGAAGGCAACUCCAAGUAUCGCUUUGAGAUCGCCUCCAGCUCGAGCGACGACAGCGGCCAGUACCAAGCUCGCGCCGUCGGCUCCAAAGGCGACUCCUUCGCGGCUUUCUACCUUAACGUAGUCGACAACUAA